UGAGGAAGGAUAUCAGGAACAUAGUGAAUGGACUCUUACUUCUUGUAACCCAACACGUGUGUUUUGGGCCACAAUGAAAAUUCCUGGAACAAGGAUUCAUAUUUAAGUUUGCAUUAUUGCUUUAGUCAUGUACAGUUCAAUGAGGGUGUUCCCUCCGUGUACAUGUACGUCUGUGAGUCGCGCAACACAUUUCUUGAGUGCUGCUGCAAGAAGUGGUACAUUCUUUUACAAUAGAUCAUCACAUCUCUCAUCAUUUUCACAGCUCUCUUCAUUUUCCCCUGGAACGAAUAAACUGGAAAAUCAUCAUAAAAUUGGACUGCUCACCAAAGGCAGCAAUAAGCAUAAGCGGUUUUCCACUGCUCCAGUUACUAAUGUAACUGAUGCUUCCAUUAUGGCUGAUAAGAUGGCAAGGACUUCAAGAGUGGAUUUGAAGACGAAUUAUGCGGAUGAUAUUGAAAGAGCAGAUGUUGUUGUGAUAGGAGGUGGCAUCAGUGGGUUGUGUGCUGCUAAACUGCUCAAGGAAGAAGGUCUUGGCGUCAUUGUGUUGGAAGCAAAGGACAGAGUUGGGGGACGAACACUGACCGCAAAAGAUCCGUCGUUUGGCUAUGUUGAUCUCGGAGGGGCCUAUGUUGGACCAACACAAGAUAGGAUUUUACGUCUCGCAAAGGAAUUGAAGGUCGAAACCUACAAAGUUGAUAUAGAAGGAAAGACAACCAUAAUCACUGAUAGUAGAAGAACGACAGACGAUAAAGUCUACAAUCCUAUUGUUUUACUCGAUCGACUCAAUACCAGAAGGACAAUUAAUGCCUUCGCCAAACAGGUUCCUUUGGACACUCCCUGGGAAGCACCACGCGCCAAGGAAUGGGACUCAAUGAAUUUGGCUCAGUUUUCUGAGAAUUUGUGUUGGACUAAAUACGUGCGCGACGAUCUCCAAAACCAACUGAAUGGCCUUUUUUCUUAUGACCUAAAUGAAGUUUCAUUACUAUUUGCAUUGUGGACUUUGCAUUCUGGUGGAUGCUUGGAGCAAAUGAACUGCAUUGAAAAUGGAGCACAGGAAAGUAAGUUUGUUGGCGGAGCACAACAGAUCUCUGAGAAAAUGGCUGAUAUCCUUGGUGGCUGUGUCAAGUUAUCGAGUCCUGUUUUAGAAAUUGACCAAAGCGGAGAAGAGGUGAUGUUGACAACAGAACAUGGAAGGAAAUUUUCUGCCCCUCAUGUGAUAAGUGCGAUGCCCAUCUCGAUACUCAAUAAGAUUACCUUCUGUCCUUCACUACCCACUGCCAAGGUUGAACUAAGCAAGGGCAUGCCCAUGGGCUCCGUCAUCAAGACCCACAUGUAUUAUGAGAAACAGCAUUGGAAGGAUAAAGGCCUUAGUGGCAGCCUGGAUUCAUCUAAUGGUCCUGUAGAAAAUUCAUUAAAUGAUACAAAGCCAGACGGAUCAUAUCCCUGUUUAGUAGGCUUUAUCAAUGGGGAAAAGGCAAAGGAAUUCACCUCACUGACAAAAGAGGAAAGGAAGCAACAGCAAGCUGACUAUUAUGCCGAGAUGUUUGAGAUCGAGGAGAUGGGCCGUCCUAUUGGAUACGAGGAGUUGAUUUGGAUGGAGGAGGAAUACAUCGGCGGAGGUUAUUGUGGAAUCAUGCCCCCAGGUGUGCUCACAACAUACGGACCAACAUUACAAGAACCAGUUGGUAAUGUUCACUUUGCUGGCGCAGAGGCGGCAACCGUUUGGACGGGCUUCAUGGAUGGUGCGGUGCAGUCAGGGGAAAGAGCAGCACGAGAGAUCCUCCACAAACUCGGAAGAACUUCCAAGGAAGAGAAGGCACCAAAAUAGACAUCCUACAUACUACAAUGUACGAACAUACCUUUGCGAAGUUCUUGCCUUCCAUUGAUUCAAUUGUUAAGUUCUUCAAGUACGGUAAUACAUUUCUGUGGCUUGAAUAUGUUGAGAAUAU